CAGUUUUGUCAUUUCGCUCUUUCGCGAUCUGCCAGCUGGGAAAUUGGAAAUGGAAUUUUGAAAAAUAAUUUACCAAUAACAGUUGUAUGUGAAUGAUGUGUUUUGUGUGAUAUCUAACAAAGGUGCAAACUAUUUCAAAUUGUUCGGUUUGUGAAAUUAAUUUAGAAAAAUGGCUUCACGAGGUAUUAUGGUUACGGGGACAAACGGUGCUGAUUUCGAGCACAGAGAGAAAAUAGCUAUUCAAUAUCAAUUAAGUGCACUGAACAAAUCGCGAUUAAAAUACUGCGUAUUCUUUCAUCACAUUCUAUUCCUUGUGAUGCUGGCCAAACUGUCUGCUGAUAUUCUUGACAAACUUGAUAUAUUUAUCCUCGAGAUUGAAGAAUUGCAAAUACCACAACCUCUUUGGUGGGAGUAUCUUUGGUGUCUAUCACUGCUUUUCUCUUUCCUUGGGUUGGCUGCAAUUAAACGGAACAACAUCAGGCAACUCAGACAUUAUAUCUAUGGUAUUGGUAUAUUUGGGUUUGGACCGUUACUAUACUGUGUCCUGUAUUACUGCCCAGAUGUGUGGAGGUACCUAUCAAUGGAUGAAGAUGAAGAUGACAGCUCGGAAGUUGAAAUUGAGCUUUGGCAGGGUUAUCCAUAUGGUCUACUCUGGUACGCUUAUGUGCUACUCGCAUCCCAAGUUCACUUCUUCCAAUUGUAUUUCUCCUUUAACUUACUCAAGGCGUGGCGUGCGAGAGGGGCCUUAAGGAAAGCUGAAUAAAUGGUUCAACCAUUAGAACAAAAAGUUUUAACCCCUGUUAUGCAUGCUUUCAGGUAAGGUCAACACCCUUAAAUUGUGCACUUUUAGGAAUUUCUACAUAGUCUAUAAUUUGCAUUGUAAAUAAUGUUGAACAACUUGUCUGUUGUUUUUUAACGUUAAGUGGAUAAUGUUGAAAUUAUCUAUGUCAUCGUUUUUAUCACUAUUUUAGGUUAAAGUCACAAUUACAAUCCCCUGACAUAUACCUGACAGUAUGACCACUGCCAUAUGCAUGAUUAUAAUAUAUUUAGUUACAUACAGCAAUCAUAAUUCUCAUAAAAAGACAUCUUGUAGCCAGACACAUGUAAAUAUGAUAAUAGUGGUUAUUUUCAGCGUAAUAAAGUAAGUUUUACUUCACCAAUGAUAUUUUAGGAAAUGUAACUGGAUGUCUAUUUUAGUAUGUGUUUUAAAGUUUUUUUUUAAAUAUUCUAUUAGUCAGUGUUUGCAUGAGUGCUUUUCAAAAUCAGGCUUUAGCACUUUCAUAAUUAUGCAGCUGUAUUUUCACUUAACGUCAAUCGAGAACUUAAAAUACAAGGCCGCUCAUUAAAAACCACCUCUGUGUGCACAAAUACUUAAUUGCACUCAUAGAUUUCGUUUCAUAUUUAAAGAGCAUUAAAAAGCACUCAUGCUUUCAGGCCCUUAGGCUCUAUAUAUUUCAUUGCUAAGUUUAAUAUAGAGUCCUCUAUACACACUCGCUUGCCUAACAUGACU